AUGGAUACUUGUGGUCGGUUGUUGCGUGAAAUUAAGGAGAACGCCAAAAACCAGGACGACACAGAGAUUUCACUAAGAGUCAAGGAGGAGUCAUUGUUCAAAUGGGAGGCGGUCAUUUCCGGGCCACCGGAUAGUCCAUUUGAAGGAUAUCGUUUUCGGUUGUCGAUCGACUGUCCCAGCAACUACCCAUUGAGUUCGCCAGAGGUCAGUUUUGUGACCCCCGUUUUCCACCCAAAUGUCAAGUGGAGUACCGGCGAGAUUUGCCUGGACGUUCUCAAGAACAAUUGGACCCCGGCGUGGACGCUGCAUUACGUUUGUCGAGCAAUUAUCGCCUUGCUCGGUGACCCCAAUGCCGACUCGCCGUUGAACUGUGAUGCGGGUAACCUUGUGCGCUCCGGAGAUGUGCGUGGCUACAACUCCCUCGCACGCAUGUACGUUAUCGAUUUUGGAAUACCGACCGACGAGUAA